UGACAGGUGCGGCGGGCGGGAAGUUGCUGACUAAGGCGGGCCGGGCCGGGCGGGGACCGGCGGCAGCGGCGGCGGCUGCGAGGGGCUCCCGAGCGGCUCAUGGGGACGGCGGCGAGCCACAGCAGCGAGGAGGAGGAGGAGGGCGCCGAAGAGGGCAUGGAGGGGGCGGGGGGCGCGCCCCAAGCCGGCGCGGCCGCCCCGGCGCUGCCGCCGGCCGAGGUGCUGCUGGAGCAGGCCCGGCUGCGGGAGGCCACGGCGCGGCUGCGGGAGGCGGCCCUGCCCGAGCCGCUCGUGUCGCGGCACCACAGCGCGCUGGUGCGCUGGCUGGAGGAGCGGCUGAGCCGCGGCGACGAGGCCGUGAGCCUGGAGCAGUUCUGCGAGGUGCUGGAGAGCGUGUCCCGGCUGGCGGCCGGCUCCCGCGGCGAGAGCGAGGAGGCCUUUGCACAGUUUGAUGCUGAAGGAGAUGGCACUGUUGAUGUGGAGAAUAUGCUGGAGGCUCUCAAGAAUUCUAGUGGAGCAAAUCUUCAGGGGGAGCUGAGCCAUGUAAUCAGGCAACUGCAAGCUUGUUCACUGGUGCCAGGGUUUAUUGAUAUAUUUUCUGAGUCCAAAGAGCGCCUGGGCCUCCACGCCUCGAUGAUCCUGAGAUUCCUGCACCGGAACCGCAUCUCCAGCACUGCCAUCCCCUACCCAGUGCUGGAGUACUUCAACAACAUCUGCACCAUGCGCUCCUCCGUGCUCAAGGAUUCUUUGGACCGGCUCCUCCUCAAGGAGAGAGAAUACCCCAGUGAUCUGAAUGGCAAUCAGGAGUCAGACAAGCUGAAGUCUGUCACAAAGUGCUACACACACAUCGAAACCUCCUCCAAUUCCGCCGAUAUCGACAAGAUGACAAACGGAGAAACUUCCUCCUUCUGGCAGUCGGACGGGAGCGCUCGAUCCCACUGGAUACGUUUAAAGAUGAAACCAGAUGUGGUUUUGAGACACCUGUCCAUUGCAGUGGCAGCUAAUGACCAGAGUUACAUGCCACAGCAGGUCACGGUGGCAGUGGGAAGGAAUGCCAGCAGUCUCCAGGAGGUCCGAGAUGUUCACAUUCCAAGCAAUAUCACUGGCUACGUAACACUGUUGGAAAACGCUAACAUUAGUCAGAUGUAUGUACAGAUAAACAUCAAGCGUUGCCUCAGCGAUGGCUGUGACACCAGGAUCCACGGGCUGCGGGCCGUGGGCUACCAGCGCGUGAAGAAGGUGGGAGUGUCCGUGUGCGACGCCUCGGCCAUCUGGUACUGGUCCCUGCUGACCUCCCUGGUGACAGCUUCCAUGGAAACCAACCCAGCAUUUGUUCACACCAUCUUACAGAAUACUCAGAAAGCACUGCAGCACAUGCCACCUCUAUCCCUAACACCAGGCUCCACAGAUUUUUCAAGCUUCUUAUCACCAAAUGUUUUGGAAGAAGUAGAUAGCUUCCUUAUCAGGAUAACAAGUUGUUGUACUACUCCAGAGGUGGAGCUGACACUCCUGGCCUUUGCCCUAGCGCGGGGGAGUGUUGCCAAAGUGCUGAGUUCCCUUUGUGCCAUCACUGAUCAUCUGGACACUCCAUACAAGGCUUCCUCCCUUAUCUCUUCCAUGGCAGCAGUCAGACAGAACCUGCUCUAUAAAUAUGGAAAGCCUUUACGACUGACUCUGCAAGCAUGUGAUGUAAAGGGAAAAGAGGAUAAAUCAGGGCCUGAAAACCUCCUUGUAGAGCCAUGGACUGGGGAUGGUUUUCUUACUGAAACUGGGAAAACCAGAGCAAGUAUCAUUCUUUCUACUGGAACUGAAUCUUCAUUUCAAGUGACACAAAUUAGAAUAAAGGUCCGGCGCGGUGCCAUCGGGGCGCAGUGCGGGCUGGUGUUCGCCUACAAUGCUGCCUCAGGAAGGUUCCAUGCUGAGGAACACUUCAAAAGGUUCGAGAGCUACGACAAGUGGAAGCUGAGGGAAUUCAAGCAGUUUUUAAAAACCAGAAGCAGUUGUUCAUGUGAUGAUUUGGGAGAAGAUGAUCCUAUUGGCUGGUUUGAAGUAGAAGAAGAAUGGGAUGAAGUUGAUGUCAAAAUGCAGCAAUGCAGAGUUUCCCAAUACUUGAUGAUAAAGUUCUUGUGCACAAGACAAGAGUCAGCAGAGCGGCUCGGGGUCCAGGGGCUGAGCGUCCUGGGCUACCUGCGGCCCCUGCGCGACGAGCCCUGCAGGGCCAUGAGCUGCCUGCAGUGCAGGAGGACUGAGGAGGACACGGUUUGUGGCACAACUCUGCUCCUGAAGACACUUCACUUCAUCCAGCAGCUGGCACAGGACCUGGUUCAGCAGAAGGAGAGUGGAUUAAAAUACAAGUCAUUUUUAGAUUUCACAGGCCUUGAUUUGCAGCUGUUCUGGAAUUUUUACAAUAAACUGCACCAAAAUCCAAGGGAAGAAUGUAUCUUUGCUCAAACACUGCUGUUGCAGCUUCUCCAGAGCUGCUUCUCUGUGCUUACUGGAGAUAAUAAAACUGCUAAACCUCAAGAAACUCCUCAGAGCAAAACAGCUGGUCACACAGAAGCUGCAGAAGAGCUUUAUAGACAUUUGUGUGAAGUAGUGGAUAUGGGGGACAGUAACUUCAUGCCAAUGAAAAUGCUGAAAGAGGAAGUUAAGAACACCUUACUCAGUGGAGCAGCAGUUUUUUUCCCAGAUAGACAGACCAGGCGACACCAGCUCUUCACCAUGAUGAAAAACAUCACAGAGCAAGAACAUAAGCAAUCUGUACAUCUUGCCUUUAGAUCCUUGUGUACCCACUUCAGUGAUCAAGAUCCAGGUGGACUCUUAUUAUUACCAGAGAAAGGAGUUUCUGCAAAUUUUGACAUAAGUGAAGUAUUAUCAGUCAUGGACACCCUUCUGCUUGUGGCAGCAAGAGAGUGUGAAAUGAUGAUGCUGGAUGUUGCACAGCAAGAGAGUGGCACAGUCUUGUCUUCCUUAUUCUGGUCUGUUCAGGGCAGCCUCCUUUCCUGGUGCUAUCUGCAGCUUAAAGGCACUGAUAAUGCAGCCAAGGAUCUUGCAGUAGAAAUACUUAAAAAUUAUGUGGGCCAGUUCCUGUCAAAUAUCAGAACAAUUUUACAGUCACUCUUAUCUCAAUAUAGUGGCAAAACAAUAGUUGAAAAAAUAAGUAGCUCUGUCUUUGCUAUGGCAACUCGUCAGCUGGUCAUCUUCUUGUUGGAUUUUUGCACUUUAGACAUUCCCUACUGUACUCUGCUACAGGGAUUCAGCACUUUGAUAGAACUACUGAAAAGCCUUUGUAGUGAACCUCAUAAGACAGACAUGGAAAGCUGGCAGCAGGAGCAGCCUGUAGUAUUGAGAACCUGGACAAUGGAAUCACCUCAUAACUAUGAAAAUAAUUGCCAUGAGGUCUCAGUCUUCCUGUGUCAUGGGGCAAUUUACUUUGAGGUGGAAUUUGAUGAAAAAUGUGAAACUGAAAGGAGGUAUGAUUACCUGGAGUUUACUGAUGCCAGAGGGGCAAAAACUCGUUACGAUACAAAGGUUGGCACUGACAAGUGGCCUAAGAAAGUGACCUUUAAGGCUGGCCCACGGCUGCAGUUUCUCUUUCACUCUGACAGCAGUAAUAAUGAGUGGGGCUACAAGUUUUCCGUCACUGCUUACGGCCUCCCAGACGUUGCCGUGUCUUGGGGCUUGGAUUUACAGCUGCUUGUCUCCAGGCUGAUGGGGCGCUUGGCUUCCCGGAGCAUGGCCCUCAAAUCCCUGCGAGAAUUAGGUAGUGAAGCAGACUUGCCUCCUUUGAAAGUAACAUCGGUUCUUAAUUCUCCUCUGUGGAAACCUGUCUUCAGGCAUCAGCUGUGUCCUGAGGCACUCCCGGGAGCCAGGCAAAACAGUGCCAAGCACCAAGACAAAAACGAGGCUUGGAGCUCUCCCCACGACGUCUGCCGUAACUUUCUUAUCGACUUUGCAAAAUCAGAUCCUGCCCAGGACUUCAGUGGGCAAAAAUCUGAACUUUUCAAAGGACUCAUACAGGCAUGUAAAAAACAGACCCCAAAGACAGAUAUAGUUGCUGGUCCUACUGUUGAUCAAGCUGUGAACUCAACAUUUGCUGCUUUGGUGUAUCUCACUCCAGAUUUAUUUGAGAAGCUUCAAAAAUAUGUCAACAGUGGAGGCAAGGUGCCUUUGAGUGAUGAGUUUGCACAAGUAUAUUCCCUGGCUGAUUCCAUUAGAAUAUGGAUGUUGGAAAUGAAGCAGAAAUCUCUGAUGGGGAGGGGAAAUGAUGCUGAAGAGAAGCAGAACACAGAAGCAAGUGAGGUGAACCCAGAAACUCUCGCAAAACUCUGUGUGCAGAAGAGCCUUUUGUUACUGAAUUUUUUGCCCGUAAGAGCAAAGAGAAAAGAUUCUGCCUCAGAGAGUUUGGAAGGCCAAGACAUGGAUGAUCCCCAGCAGUAUGUUAGUGAUCAAUGCCAAAGACAAGGGUCAGCUGUGGACAUGGACUUCCAGGCAGCCCCAUCAGUGUCGUCCAGUGCAGGAAUUCACCCUGUUUCAAAAGAGGGGGGUCAGGCAUCACAGUCUGAUCUGAAAGUUAAACAAAUUCCAGACCUCCACCAAGCAGAAGCUGCAUCUGCAUUUCAUAGUAAGCCUGUUGAAAGUACAGUUUCACAGCAAGAAGAUGUGUCAUCACCUCCUUCCACUCCUACCCGCAAGUCUCAGCUGGGCCGUGGGAGACUGAGGCUGCUGUCCUUCAGGUCCAUGGAGGAGCCAAGACCUGUGCCCACUGUGAAGGAAAAAUAUCCUAUUUUGAAGAGCAUAUUAGACUUUAUUAAGGAUCAAUCACUUUCACAUGAAAGUGUUUUAAAGGUUCUUGCUUUGAGAAAAUCCCAAGGGCAGAGUAUUUUGGAAGUGCUCAAGACCAUCCGCCAGUGCCUGGACUCACUUGGGCAGCCACACUGCUUUCACCCACCCUGUGUGCUUUUUCUCCUUGAACUUCUGGCCUGUCAGAAAGAUUUUACAAACUACUUUGGAAACUUGGAAGGCUGUGGGGCUGAGCUACACAAGGAGAUUCGAGAGUCCUACUAUAAGCUUGUUUUGUUCCUGGUAAAUUCUGUGAAGGGAUUUAGUACAAUUAAUGACAGGUCGUUGCUUCCUGCCUUAUCCUGUGUGCAGACAGCUCUCCUGCACCUCUUGGACAUGAGCUGGGAGCCCAGUGAUCUUUCUUUCUUUGUUGAGAUCCAGCUGCCACAUCUUCUCAUGACAACAUCACAGGAGAACAUCAGUAUCCAUGACAGUGUCAUUUGGUGAGUCAGGAGGAAUGCAGCCUUCAUAUGCUGUUAAAUAUUCAUUCAGUUUUACCCAGGAGGGUUUCUGAACUUCGUGCUGGAACAAGCAGUAAGGGUACUAUUAACAAGUAUGGCAUAAUUCUGGUCAGUAUCUGUUAUAAAUAAAAAAUGCGAAUUAGCCAAUUUUAAUAAAAAUAUGAAAAAUAAAAUUUAUUCCGUGACCAUAAAAA